UCCGCUUGUCUUUUUUUUUGCCUUCCUCUGGAUCAACUGUGGGUGUAGGAUUAUAACUUUUUUUUUUUCUAUGGUUGAACUGGAUGGACUUUUGUCUUUUUUCAGCCAAACCAGGGGCAGACUGACCAUUGGGGAACUCGGGCACUGCCCGAGGGCCCAGGUCAGUAGGGGGACCCAUGAGAUGUCCAUGGUACCUUUCAUAGGCUUUUUUGGGUGUGAUUUGAGUGUGGGCGAGGACACAGGGGCCCAUGAUCCCCUAUUGCCCGGGGGCCCCAUGAGAUAAGGGGCCCCCUUAGAUGCCCCUUGUAGGGGCAUAGGCUUUUUUUGGGUGUGGUUUGAGUGUGGGCAAGGACACAGGGGCCCCAUGAUCCCCUAUUGCCU